AGGGGCAGCGAGUUUUGCCCAAACAGUUUCAUCUUUUUUCACCCUCAGUGGGUAUGUGCCUGUCAUUGCAGCUUCAUCAAUGCCAUCAUGAACCCGCAACAAAGCAGCGGUCCGGCCCAAGCAAAUAGCCUGUGGACAACUUGCACAAAGAUAUGUCUUCUCGAAUCACCCGUAGCCGUGAUGACGCUGGGAUUUAUGUGCGGCGGCAUGUAUGUGCAAUACAUUCGAGAAACCAUCGAGAAUCCGACACCGUCAACAAUGGAUCCCACACUUGGCGCUCUCUCUAAGGCGGUUUCCAUUUCAUACAUGAGUGCAAGUUUUCUUCUUUCGUGGGGUUUGGCAUGGGGAACCUGCCUUCUAGAGCGUGCCUUCCUAGAAAACGUUGUGCUUGGGCUAAAAAUAAGGAUCGCCACUGCGGUCAUUUUGCUGCCUUUUCAGUUUUACGUGAUCUCAGAACACGGAGAUCUGAUUCUCAUCCCUGUAUUAGGUUGGCCUCAUUUUUCAAAUAAGACCACCUGGAAGGGAAAUGUCUCCAGGAGCCUGGACCCCAAAGCUAUUGUGCUACAGAGCGUCAACUUCCUGCAGUUGGCUCUGGAAAAUCCGGCUGACAAGGGUAAAGAUGAAGAUCCUGACAAGAAGAACGACGAGCUUUAUGAAAAAACUAAUAAGAGCAUUCAGAAGCUGGCUCUGAAAAAUCCAGCCGACAAAGAUAAAGAUAAAAAUCCCAACAAGAAGAGCGACAGGCGUGAUGCAAAGCACACGAGGAGCAUUGAAAAGUUUCUCGAGUUGAUGCUGGGUGGUGUGCUUCUCCUAUUUCUGUUUUCUGUUGAGAUAUUCGUCGUAUACAGGCUUGGAAUAUUCGUCGACAACUUACCCCAAGCAACAACGGCAUGAAGCCCUUGGUCAGCGGCUGCCUCACAAAUAGCGCUGCACCAUCUUGUAACCGUUACCAAAAGCCAAGAGUUGUCAUCUCAACGAAUAAUUCAGGGGCGCGCAUCGCCCUUAUUUCUUUUUUUGCUUUCUUCCUUGAGAGGGUGCGUGAGUCUCAUUAUGCGGAGACGAGAGUAAUUUAUACAGCCAUUUUUUAAAAUAAACGUAGUGACUAUAAACAGUA